GGUGGGUCAUAAUGAGAUCAUCGGUGUGAUGAGGGUUGGUUGUCAUGCUGAGGGGCUUGGCAGGGACCACUGGAACGAAAUGCUGGCAUAUCCACGGAAACCUAUCGCUCACUGGCACCCCCUGCUGGAGCCCAAAAAGUCUGAGAAGGAGGUGAGUUUAGGAACCAACACAUCAUCUGGAUUCAGAUGAUCAAAGCAUCUGCAGCAGGUUUUAAUGUGAAGAUAAUUGAACCAUUUAAAACUGAAACCACAGAUGAUAAGGCUUUAUUAUUUUCAGUUGAAUUUAUCAAAGACAAAUGAAGCAUUUUUAUGUCCUUAGUUAUUCUGUUUAUUUAAUUUGUGUAUUCAGAGCUGUGAGAAAUGUAAAAUAUAAUAAAGCAUCAACAAGUUAAUUUAGUAUUUAAAAACUGGGUGAACACGUAUUAAACUGCAGCUGAGGAGGAGGUCGUCUGAAUAGCAGGAG